AUGACCGCCCUCAAUCGGGGAAGAGCGAGUUGCACCGACCCACCAUCCCAAGGCCUGAAUUUUCUCGAAGGAAAGUGCUGUUCGACGCAUCCGCCUCUAUACCCAACAUCGCCAAAUUUCACAGCGACAACCGCCGCCAUGGGUAUCGAUCUCGACCGCCACCACGUCAAGGGCACUCACCGCACUGCCCCCAAGAGCGACAAUGUCUACCUCAAGCUCUUGGUGAAGCUCUACCGCUUCCUGGCCCGCCGAACCGACUCUUCGUUCAACAAGGUCGUUCUCCGACGUCUCUUUACGUCCAAGAUCAACCGCCCUCCCGUCUCCCUGUCCCGAAUUGUCGCCAACAUCAACAAGGAGGGUGAGAAGCGAACCGUCGUCGUUGUCGGUACCAUCACCGAUGACAACCGCCUGCUCGAGUUCCCCAAGGUGACUGUCGCUGCUCUGCGAUUCACCGCCACUGCCCGCGCCCGCAUUGUCGCCGCUGGCGGUGAGGCCAUCACCCUGGACCAGCUUGCUCUCCGUGCUCCCACCGGAAGCAACACCCUGAUCCUCCGUGGCCCCAAGAACGCCCGUGAGGCUGUCAAGCACUUCGGCUUCGGGCCCCACAGCCACAAGAAGCCUUAUGUCGAGUCCAAGGGCCGCAAGUUCGAGCGUGCUCGUGGCCGAAGACGUUCGCGCGGUUUCAAGGUCUAA